AUGAAGCUAGACAGGCGUUUUUCUAUUCUAAUACUCUGCGUUGCAAGUUUGGCUGGAAUUGCUGACAGUUUGUGUUUAGUUAGGAACACUGCAACUCGAAAUGUUUACUGGUACCAGUGUUUCAAGUCUGAUGAUUAUUUGGCAGACGUUAAAAAAGCACCGAUCGACAUACCCAGAUUGACUUUUACAAACUCGAAGGCCCGAGUAGUGAAAGAUGGGUCAUUUUCUCGGCUGAGUCAACAUUUGGAAAGGCUCGCAUUUUUUCAUUGUGAAGUUGAGGAGAUCGAGGACGACGCGUUCUACGGAUUGACAAAACUUGACUUGCUCGCUUUUACAAGAAACAAAUUACGCGUCAUAAAAAGCGCUUGGUUCAGAGGACUAGUAAACUUGAAGACAGUAUCGUUCCAGGACAAUCAAAUAAAAUACGUGGAAGAUGAUUUCUUUUCAAUUAUCCCCCCUCUGGAAGCGCUGGAUAUCUCAAACAACGAGAUAUCCUGUUUGCCGACAUCUACAUUCGGUAAUUUUAAGGCAGACGAAUUUAAUUUCCGACACAAUCCUCUGACUUGGAUGUGUCAGGCUUUGUUGAUGAACUGGUUGAAGAACACCGAAAUCCGGAACGACUUCCUAGGAUCCCAAAAUAUGGACGCUCCUUACGAUCUGACGGAAAUGUGUUUGGGUAAAUUACCAAAGCCACGUCUCGACGAGGAUUUUUUGAAUAACUGCAUCGAAAAAACAACGCAAGAAUUUUUACCAAACAUAGCUGGAGAUUACACCGUCAAGGAAGCGUGUGAAUUUCUCAAAGACAAACCUUCGCCAUUUUUGAAUUGUAGGCAAUUAUUAAUGUGA